AUGCCAGAGGAUGGUAGUGGUGUCGCUGUCAUAGACCCUUGGUUAGAGCCCUUCAAACCAGCGCUACAGUCCAGAUACAAGCGAUUCCAGUCAUGGGUAGCAAAGAUCAAUGAAUCUGGUAAUGGAUACGACAACUUCACCAAGGGAUACGAGUACUUUGGAUUCAACGUCCAACCAGACAACUCGAUUACGUAUCGUGAAUGGGCCCCCAACGCAACAAGCGCGAGUCUGAUUGGAGAAUUCAACAAUUGGCAGCAUGACGCACAUCCUAUGAAAAAGGACGACUUCGGAGUUUUCCAUUUGUCCAUUCCGCCUACUGCCGACGGUAAACCAGCUAUACCGCACAAUUCCAAAGUGAAGAUAUCAAUGAAAAUCCCACAAUCAAACGAUCGUAUCGAUCGCUUACCGGCUUGGAUAACGCGAGUCACACAAGAUCUUAACGUGAGCCCGAUUUAUGACGCUGUCUUCUGGAACCCUCCUCAAAAGUAUGUGUUCAAGAACUCUAGGCCCAAGAAGCCAACUAGUGUUAAGGUGUAUGAAGCUCAUGUCGGUAUCUCAUCUCAAGAACCCAGAGUGGGUACCUACAAAGAGUUUACAAGCAAUAUCUUGCCUCGAAUUGCUCAUUUGGGAUACAACACCAUUCAGCUAAUGGCUGUUAUGGAGCAUGCUUACUAUGCAUCCUUUGGAUACCAAGUUACUUCUUACUUUGCUGCUUCGUCUCGCUACGGUACCCCUGAAGAUUUGAUGGAGCUUAUAGACACAGCUCACGGCUACGGAAUCACAGUGUUGCUGGAUGUAGUCCAUUCUCAUGCUUGCAAGAAUGUGUUGGAUGGAUUGAAUGAAUUCGAUGGCACCGAUCACUGUUAUUUCCAUGAAGGAGCCCGUGGUCGUCAUGAGCUUUGGGAUUCACGCUUAUUCAACUACGGUGCUUUUGAACCUUUACGCUUCCUCAUGUCCAAUCUUCGCUAUUGGAUGGAUUGUUACCAGUUCGACGGGUUCCGUUUUGAUGGUGUCACCAGCAUGCUCUACAAGCACCAUGGCUUGUCUUAUGGUUUCUCAGGCGGUUAUCAUGAAUACUUUAACGAAGGCGUUGAUGAAGAGGCCGUGACUUAUCUUAUGCUUGCGAACGACUUUUUGAACAAGCAAUAUCCAGAUGUCAUUACUAUCGCUGAAGACGUAUCUGGUAUGCCGGCGCUGUGCAGACCUGUACGAGAGGGUGGUAUUGGCUUCGACUAUCGUCUUGCUAUGGCUGUUCCAGACACAUGGAUUAAGAUGCUAAAGGAGCAGAAUGAUGACGAAUGGGAGAUGGGCAAUAUUGUUUAUGUGCUGACAAAUAGAAGACAUCUGGAAAAAAAUAUCGCAUAUGCAGAAUCGCACGAUCAAGCUCUCGUAGGAGACAAGACGCUUGCUUUCUGGCUAAUGGAUAAAGAAAUGUAUACAAACAUGAGUGAUCUCACUCCUCUGACCUCGAUCAUCGAUCGUGGUAUGGCACUUCACAAGAUGAUCCGAUUCAUUACUCAUGCUCUUGGAGGAGAAGGUUAUUUGAACUUUGAAGGCAAUGAAUUCGGUCAUCCUGAAUGGCUUGAUUUCCCUCGCGCUGGAAACAACGCAAGUUUCCAUUACGCACGUAGACAGUGGAAUGUAGUGGAUGAUAAGUUAUUGCGUUACAAAUAUCUCAACGAGUGGGACAGAGCUAUGCAAGUAGCCGAGUCGCACUAUCAUUGGCUCAGUUCUCCCCAGGCAUUCGUGUCGCGUAAACACGAAGGGGACAAAAUCAUCGCAUUUGAGAGAGCUGGACUUAUAUUUAUCUUCAACUUCCAUGCUACCCAAUCCUUUUCAGAUUAUUGCAUUGGAACUCAUAAUCCUGGCGAAUACCGUGUAGUCCUGGAUAGCGACGAUAAAAAAUUCCUCGGACAUGGCCGCAUUCAACAUAACACAAGCUAUUUCACCAAUCCUGGACACUACGAUGGUUGUGACCAUCAUUUGAAGGUAAAAAUUCCAGAAAGAUAA